GCAGUUUCCCAAGAAUUUAUUAUGGAAGUGCGAGGUGUGUGAUGUUUGUUUUCAUUAAUGAAUUUUGCUGCGAAAUCUCAUUAAAAAUCGCCAAUUAACCACCCUAGUUUGUAAAGUAUAUCCCAUAUUUCGUGUUUAAUAAGUAUUCCACCCGAAAGACUGUCUAGGUGUAGUGAAAAGUUAUGUGGAAAAACUUGCCGAACUACACAGUGGAUGUGACCCAUGAUGAAUAACAUGGCCGUUGUUGACAACACAAGAGCUAUUUUUGCCCCAUGUUAAUUAAUUGCAUUUAUUCGAUUAAUUGGUUGUGAUGUAAACAAAUUGUUGUGGUCACAUAGCACGUGAGUAUUGUGAGCAGUUAACAAUUGAGACAUCACGGGUGGAUUUUGAUGUUUCCUUUUGGGAAAUUUCAUUAGAAGAAUCAAAAGGAAUUUUCCGUGCAAACAAUGGAGCUUGCUGCUGUCAAAGAGUGUAUCCAAUCGAUGGCGGAAACAAAGAGCCGCCCCUGAUUUGUCUGAGAAUUCUUUUCUAAAUCCUCGCAAAAUACAUAGAAUUACAUUCAGUUACUGACCAGUGUUGAGGGUAGUCUUUGAAAAAAAUAUUCAGACUUUAUUGAACAGAAUUUAUUUCUGUGUGCUACACAGUAAAAGGAACCCCCGAAAAAAAGUUGGUUUAGAACUUCCAAAGUGGUAGGAAAAUUGUGAGCAAAAAACUACCCGGAUGUGAAUAUAUAUGACAAAAUUGGAGCAGUUGUGUAGCAGAAUGACAUCCGUCCUGCAUCACUUUUUCAUUGUGGCACUCUGGUCAUUAUUUGCAUACAACACUCAUGCUGUAUCGUCGUCACUCCUUACCCAGGAUAUUGCAGCCCAGUAUACACUCCCACCGAAUGCUAGCUACUUCACCCACUUAUCCUACGACAGACGGAGGUCGGUGCUCUAUGCCGGCGGCACAAAUCGUAUUUUUCAGUUCAACAAGAAUCUGGGCCUUCUGGGGGAGUCUGUGACUGGCCCCAAGCUCGAUAGCCCCCAAUGCCACACGGGCGGAUGUCCUGAUGAUGUAGAAACAGUUGAGACGAAUAAUCACAAUAAAAUUCUCAUUGUAAAUGAGGUCGGGGACUCUCUCAUUGCGUGCGGAAGUGUCCGACAGGGUGCCUGUGAAAUCUACAAUCUCAAAAAUUUCCCCUCUUCACGGGAAGACAUAGAAAUUCCACUGGCAGCCAACGAGGAGUAUGCAUCCACAUUUGCCUUCAUUGGGCCAUCGAGAUACACUUCGUGGAAAAAGGAGGAUAUCCUGUACGUGGGCACAACUUUCACUAACGUCGGUGAUUACCGACACGAUGUUCCAGCAAUUUCUUCGCGAAAAUUAAAUGAUCUCAACUACGCCGAGUUCAGUAUACAGCAGUCAAAUAUAAAUAUCGAUGUUAAAUACAGGGAUCACUUUCUCGUAAACUACGUCUACGGAUUCAACUCCUCGGACUAUGCAUACUUUGCGGUGGUACAGAAGAAAAGUCACCUAGCAGAGGAGAAUGGUUUCAUUACUCGACUUGCACGGAUCUGCGUUAAUGAUCCCAACUACGAUAGCUACACAGAAGUAACGAUUCUCUGUAGGGUCGACAAUGUUAACUACAACAUCCUGCGUGAUGCCAAAGUUACGGUAGCAGGACAACGGCUGGCACAGGAGAUGGGCAUUAAGAGAGAUGAUAGUGUUCUCGUAGCAGUCUUCUCACCAUCGCGGGAAAUCACCAAUGAACCACAAGAAAAUUCCGCAAUGUGCAUUUACAGCCUCAAAGAAAUUGAGGAAAUGUUUACGGAGAAUAUACACAUGUGCUUCAAUGGAACGCUAAAGGAUCGUAAUUUAGGAUAUAUUUCGGGAACGAUUAAUGAUGGCAAAUGCCCAAUGGUAGGAUCCAUUGGAAAUGUGCAUGAUUUCUGUUCUGUUGGAUUAAAGAUAAGUGGCGUGGCGCCAAUUACAGCGAGAGCUAUUUUCAAUUUUCCAAAUGAAUCCAUCACAUCAAUCACAACGGCUAUUACAGGACCCCACACAGUUGCCUUUUUGGGGACAACAGAUGGAUUCAUAAAGAAAGUUUGGCUUUCAGGACCAGUGGCGGGACAAUAUGAAAAGAUAGAGGUUGACAGAGGAAGUAAAAUCCUUCCAGAUACAAUGGUUUCACCAAGGCAUGACUUCCUCUAUGUCCUCUCGUCGAAGAAAAUUACCAAACUUCGCGUGGAACACUGUGGAAUCUAUACAGAUUGCUCAAAGUGCCUUGAAUCGAGGGAUCCAUUCUGUGGAUGGUGCUCCCUUGAGAAGAGGUGUACAGUGAGGAGUGCCUGCCAAAAAGACACAUCCGCUUCGAGAUGGCUGGCCUUGGGCAAUGGUCAACAGUGUAUUGAUUUCGAGAUGGUGCAACCGGAAAAGAUACCCAUAGAUGAAAUGACAACAGUUCAUUUAACCAUUCGCACCCUUCCGGAACUUCCAUUCAACGCUAAGUACAAAUGUGUCUUCGGGAAUUCCACGCCAAUCGAUGCAAUUGUUACGGAGAAUGGACUGAAAUGCCAGACACCGCCUUACAAAUAUCGGCCACAGAUUGAGCCCCGAGAGGACCAUGUCCUCGUUCCGCUCAGUGUGAGAUCAUCAGAAACCAAUAAGGAUUUUGUAUCACGGAAUUUUGCCUUCUUUGACUGUUCACGCCAUGAAACGUGCAAGUCGUGUGUUAAAAGCGAAUGGGGUUGCAAUUGGUGCAUAUACGACAAUGUAUGCGUUCACAAUGCAACAACAUGUCGCACUGCCAUUACGAAUGCGGUUAUUAAGCACGAACUCGCAUGUCCUAGACUGAAGCAGAGACUCAAGAAUGAAACCAUCUACCUCCCAAUUCGUGUUGCUAAGGAAAUAAGACUCGAGGUGGAGAACCUCCCACGACCCCAGAGUGGUCACGUGGGAUUCACGUGCACGGUAACAAUUGAAGGAGCAAACAUGGGACUACCUGCACGUGUCGAAGCUAACAAGUAUAUCGUGUGUGAAAAGACAGUAUAUUCAUAUGAGGCAAAGACUAAUGAGUAUGUGGCUACAGUUGAAGUGAAAUGGAACCGAGUGCAUCACAUUGAUACUACAAAAGUUGUCCUUUACAAAUGCGAUGUCUUGGGAUCGCAUAGAGAGCACGCUGACUGCAGUCUCUGUGUUACACGAAAUCCCAAGUACCAAUGCGCCUGGUGUGGAGACAAAUGCGUAUACAAUGAGACAUGUGAUUGGGGACAAUCAACCACCGAAUGCCCAAGACCUAGGAUUGAUAUUAUAAAACCAUUGAGUGGCCCUAUUGAGGGUGGAACACUCAUUACAAUCGAGGGGAGUAAUUUGGGUGUCAGAAGAGAGGAUGUUAUGGAUAAAAUCAGAAUUGGGGAUGUGCCAUGCGAACUAGUUAAUUAUGAGAUAUCCGUGAAGAUUGAAUGCCGAACUGGUAGUGUUAGCUACGAACUGACUGCUCCAGUUAAAGUUGGCAAUGAUGCUGGUUAUACGGAAUCAAGUGUGCAGUAUCACUACAAAGAUAUUCAACUUCUAGGUUUAACUCCGACUAUUGGCCCCCAAAGUGGAGGAACGAAGCUUUCCAUAAUUGGUAAAUAUCUCAAUGUUGGGUCCAGCAUAAUGGCAUAUCUUGAUGACUAUGUCUGUGAAAUAAAUAUCACACAAGCUUCUUCCGGUCGAUUGACUUGCAUAACGUCAGCAGCUAGAGGGCAGGAUCACAUUAAAACCCUCACUCUGGUGAUUGAUGGUGCCAAUCGUACAUUAGCUUGUCGAUCGAAUCACAAUUACGAUGAAAUCUGUAGUGUUUUCAACUAUACCCAAGAUCCAAGAAUAAUGCAGAUAAAGCCCCUAAAAAGCUUUGUUAGUGGCGGUCGAAUGGUUACCGUACACGGGACGAAUCUCGAUGCAAUUCAGAAGCCCGAAAUUGAAGUUUAUGCAAACGACGAGCGAGUCAAUAAGUCUACAUGUUUUGUAAUAAGUUCUCAUCAAAUGGAGUGCCCAUCUCCGUCAGUUAAUGGAAAAUUUAGUGCUCUCAAAAUGAGUGUGUCAACUUCAGAUGGCAAUGGCACCAAGAGGCACAAGAGGAACAAUGUGGAAUCCCUCUUCACUACUAUUGGCUAUUAUUCAUCAUCUGCUCUGCCAGGAAAUGGAGGUGAUGUUGCAGCGGCAUUAAAGAAAGAGACUCAACUUAGUUUACAAAUUCGCUUCGUGAUGGACAAUGUGCAAUCAGUGAGAGAUCUCAAUAAGCAUUUUCCAAGUCUAAGAAGUACAUUAGUGUACGUUGAGGAUCCAAAAUUCCACACAUUCCCCGCGAAUGGGGUGAAAUUGUACAAGGGUGAGUCUCUUGUGAUUGAAGGAGAUAAUCUGAAUAUAGCAAGCGAUGAAUCCGAUGUAAAUGUUACAAUUGGGACGAUGCAGUGCAAUGUUACAAGCUUAGCACUUACACAGCUUGUGUGCAUUCCUCCGGAGCAACAGCCAGCGGGUACGGAUGAAAAUGGCAUUGAAACAAGCAAUGAUUUGCCUUUAGUAGUUGUGAGGGUGGGUAGGAGUUUGAGAUUCCCCAUUGGGCACCUGAAGUAUGAUCUCAUGAAACCCUAUGUUCUUUCAACGGCUAUGAUUGUAAUUACAAUCACAAUUCUCAUUGUUGUGGUUCUACUUAUUAUCGUACUAAUUGUCUAUCGCCGAAAAAGUACUCAAGCUGAGAGGGAAUAUAAGAGGAUUCAAAUACAAAUGGACACCCUUGAAAGCAAUGUAAGGAUGGAAUGUAAGCAAGCAUUCGCCGAACUACAAACUGAUAUGACGGAUAUCACGGCAGACUUGGAAAAUGCGGGAAUCCCAACUCUGGAUCAUGUCAAUUAUAUUAUGAAAGUCUUCUUUCCCGGUGUUACUGAUCAUCCAAUUUUGAAUGCUCCAAAAGUACGAAUGAAUACGCCUCAUACAAACUACGACGCUGCAAUGUUGCAGUUCGAACAGCUCAUCAACAACAAAUACUUUUUGCUGAUGUUUAUCGAAACCCUCGAAUCACAAAAGACUUUCAACAUACGCGAUAAAGUUAAUGUAGCUUCCCUACUAAUGAUUGUCCUUAUGAAUAAGAUGCCAUAUGCAACGGAUAUCCUUAAGUGUCUCCUACUGAGACUCAUUGAUAAGUCUGUAACUUCGAAACAUCCACAGCUAAUGCUACGUAGAACAGACAGUGUUGUUGAGAAGAUGCUGACUAACUACAUGGCUCUGUGUAUGUAUGACUACCUUAAGGAAUGUGCAGGAUCUUCGCUCUUCCUCCUUUUCAAAGCCAUAAAGCACCAGAUCGAGAAGGGACUGGUGGAUGCAAUCACGCACGAUGCGAGAUAUUCUUUGUCAGAAGAGAAGCUCCUGCGUGAACAAAUAGAGCAUCAUGUGGUAACACUUCACAUUGUUCAGGAUGAUCUGGAUGAGAAAGUGCACUGCAAAGUGCUCGAUUGUGAUACAAUCACUCAGGUCAAGUCAAAAAUUCUCGAUGCUCUGUUCAAGAAUACAGCAUUUUCGAUGCGACCAUCAGUGCAUGAAAUUGACUUGGAGUGGCGUCAUGGACGAGGUGGCCACUUGACGCUUCAAGAUGAAGAUCUUACGACAAAGACACACAAUGGGUGGAAAAGACUUAACACACUCGCACACUAUGGGGUCAAAGAAUCCGCUGUAAUGUCACUGAUUGCACGACAGAAUGAGAACUACAAUAAGCAGCAGCCAUACCUCAACUGCUUCUACAUUAAUAACACACAAUCCCACAUUAUUAUAAAUGCCGAUAUUGAUUCGGAACUCCAUCCGCCUAGGGUGUAUCACCUGGUGAAGCCACUAAUGAAUGAUCAUCAGCUGAAUGUGAAGAAUGCCCAUCUUUCAACCCUCGAAAGGACACACAAGGCCAUACCUGAAAUUUUCCUUACAAGAUUGCUGGCAACAAAGGGAACAAUUCAGAAGUUUGUAGAUGAUUUCUUUGCCACCAUUCUCAAUGUUAACGAAGAGCUCCCACCUGCUGUAAAGUGGCUCUUUGAUCUCCUAGACGAAGCCGCACGGAGGCAUGGAAUCUCAGAUCCAGAAGUUGUGCACGCGUGGAAAUCCAAUUCACUGCCAUUGCGAUUCUGGGUGAAUUUUAUCAAAAAUCCCGAUUUUAUUUUCGACAUUGACAAAACACCCACAGUCGAUGCGAGUCUUAGUGUAAUUGCCCAAACAUUCAUGGAUGCCUGUUCGACAACUGAACACCGUCUUGGUAAGGAUUCCCCAUCAAAUAAACUCCUCUUCGCCAAAGACAUCCCGCAGUAUCGUGAAAUGGUGAAAGUGUUUUAUCGGGAAGUUGGACGAUUGCCACAGAUAAGUGAUCAAGAGAUGGGAACUGCAAUGCAGGAGUUGUCUGUGCAGCAAAAUGAUGAAUUUGAUACAAUAGCUGCCCUGAAGGAGCUCUAUAUUUAUGUAACAAAGUACCGUGAUCAAAUACUAGAUACACUCGAUAUGGACCCAUAUUGCAAGAAGAUGCAUUUGGCUCAUAAAUUGGAAAAUGUUGCCUGCACACUUGAGGCCGGACUAUCGAGUCUCCCGAGGCCACAUUAACGUUCAGUUGGAAGUCUUCCGCGAAUUGAUCUCAACCGAAUGAGGCAACUUGGCAGCAUCAAUUGCAGAAAAUACGCAACUCUUAAGAAUUCAAUGGUGACAAUGGGACAGUGCAACGAUUCCGGCGAAGCGUCCACAUCUCGAAGAUGACAACAGACAUUUCACAAGUAAUAAGGAUGUUGUCCAUAACAAUAAGUUGAGAAAACAAAAGAACACCAAGGACGUGAAAAAUGUUUAAAUCACAUUUAAAAUAAUGAUUUGAAUAUCAUUACGAUUGAUGCUGUUUGUUUUUCUUUAAAUAAAAAAAAUACUGAAUGCGGCGAAGGAGGUAAACACACAAUUUACAGAUUACAUUUAGAUUACAUUAUAAAUCUAAUUUACAAUUACAAUCAACUAUUGAUAGUUAACAUUGAUAUGUAUAUUAUAUUAGUAUACUACACACAUGGAGAGAUUGCUUUUUAAGGAAGAAAAAAUGACGCAUUUUCGUUUGGAUACAGUGAAUGAAAAUCAGUACUUAAUAGAUAAAUUGUAUGAAAUGCAUUUAUCGUAAAUUU